CAAGUUGGUUUGGCAAAUGGCAAUGACGUUUGCGAAUUGUGAGUUGUGGCUUGUGACAGCGGGAAAUAUUAAAAAAUGAAUGCAUAGAAUCUGUAGAUAAAAUAUUUAAUUAUUGUUCUUUUGUGUUCUUCGUUGGGCCUGCGACAUAUCAUUACAUCAUUCUAAAGAGCUUACUGAACGACUUAUCGCGUUUGUCAAAAUUUGAUUUGUUUUUAGUUUCUCCCAACCUACGAAUCAAAAUUAAUUCGAGGCUCCCAACAUAGCAAGUGCCGAAAUUUGUUUUUAUUACUAAUUUGAAACUGCACUGUAUAUCUAUCUAUCAUUAAUUUUAGAAUAUUUGCGGGCAGUUAAUAUCUCCUGUUGUAUAAAUUCUUGUAAAAUGAGUCUAGAAUCCAUAAGGUACAAACGCGGAAGUUUAGAGGUGUUAGAUCAAUUGCUUCUUCCUUUACAAACGAAGUAUAUUAAAAUUGAAGGUGUGGAAGAUGGGUGGAAGGUUAUAAAUAAAAUGCAGGUGCGAGGCGCCCCUGCUAUAGCUAUUAUAGGCUGCUUAUCUCUUGCUAUAGAGCUGCUCAAUGAUAACAGCUCAGACAAGAAAGUUAUGAGACAAGAGAUAGAAGGCAAACUGAAUUAUUUGGUGUCAGCGAGACCAACAGCUGUGAACAUAAAAUUAGCAGCCGAUGAUCUUAUUAAUUUGGCCAAUUCUCUGAGCGCUGAUGAAUCUGUAUCACCUGAGGAAUUUAAAGAGAGAUUCAUAGCAAGCAUCGAGGGAAUGCUGGCAAAGGAUAUAGAGGACAACAAGGCGAUAGGCAGAUAUGGUUGCGAGGCUAUACUGAAGAGUCUGGAGGGAGAUGGGCUCGUGAGGGUGUUGACCCAUUGCAAUACUGGCUCACUGGCUACAGCGGAGUACGGGACUGCGUUGGGUGUUAUACGAUCAUUGCAUGCAGCUAAACGAUUGGAACACGUAUACUGCACGGAAACAAGACCAUACAACCAAGGUGCGAGGCUGACUGCUUACGAGCUGGUCCAUGAGAAGAUACCAGCUACCCUCAUUGUGGACAGCAUGGUGGCCGCGUUAAUGCAUGUCAGGAAUAUUGGAGCGGUUGUCGUUGGUGCUGAUAGGGUGGCCGCCAAUGGGGAUACAGCCAAUAAAAUAGGAACAUACCAAAUAGCUAUAGUUGCGAAAUACCACAAUGUGCCUUUCUAUGUGGCCGCUCCAUUCACAUCCAUAGAUAUGAACAUUUCGUCUGGAGAACGGAUUAAGAUUGAGGAGAGGCCGGAGAAUGAAAUGACGCAUAUUGGUGAUAGGAGGAUUGCAGCACCAGGUAUCAACUGCUGGAAUCCAUCUUUCGACAUAACACCAGCUUCUCUGAUCACUGGAAUUAUAACGGAAAAAGGUGUUUUUCUUCCAGAGACCCUGAAGACAUUAUUUGCUCAAUAAUCCUUAUUAUUUCAUAAUUAUUUAAACAAAAAACUGAUAAACUAUAAGUUCCUCAUAAAAUGAAUGUAAACAUAAGAAAAAUUGUAUUUAUAAGGCUUUUAUAACUUUUUUAUGAAUGUAAGUGCUAAAAUGUCGAGUUUUGUUUUAAUGAUAUUAUUAUUGAUUUAUGCAUAAAUGCAUGCAUCUGCCAAAUUUAAAACAUAUAAUGUUAUUCGUGUAUAUAUUUUUGUGUAAAAAAUAAAUUUAGCA